GCAGUGUCUGAGUCCUCUUUGCAGGAUAUCAGGACUCUUCUCCACCACUGGAUCUGGAGUGUAAUUCUUCUGACCUUUGGUCUGUUUCAGGGCCGUGGUGAGCGAGCCUAUGACAUCUACUCUCGCCUUCUGAGAGAGCGCAUUGUCUGUGUGAUGGGCCCGAUUGAUGAUGGUAUUGCAAGCUUGGUCAUUGCACAGCUGCUUUUCCUGCAGUCAGAAAGCAAUAAGAAGCCCAUCCACAUGUACAUAAACAGCCCAGGUGGUGCAGUGACAUCAGGAUUAGCUAUUUAUGACACCAUGCAGUACAUCCUGAACCCUAUUUGCACAUGGUGUGUGGGACAGGCAGCUAGCAUGGGCUCUUUGCUGCUGGCUGCAGGAUCACCAGGCAUGCGCCACUCCCUGCCCAACUCCCGCAUCAUGAUCCAUCAGCCCUCAGGUGGGGCCCGGGGCCAAGCUACAGACAUUGCCAUCCAAGCUGAAGAAAUUCUCAAACUGAAGAAACAGAUCAACAGCAUCUAUGCCAAACACACCAAGCAGAACCUGGAUGUGAUUGAGGCUGCAAUGGAGAGAGAUCGUUACAUGAGCCCAGUGGAGGCCCAGGAAUUUGGCAUCUUAGACAAGGUGCUUGUCCAUCCUCCGCAUGAUGGCGAAGAUGAGCCGGAGCUGGUACAGAAAGAGACUCCGCCUGUACCUUCUGCCUCUUCUUCCUCAGCUGAACCCUGAGGGAUCUGUAGGCUUGUUUAGAUGCGUUGUGGCAUCAUGGAUUAUAACAGUGAUGUCAGCCCUUCGAAGUGGAAAUGGGGGCUGGUUUGUCAAACUCACUGUGAUUGCCAGGGAAUGUCCAUCUAAAUGGUUCUUCUCUUAAGGCAUGCUCCAUGGGAAACCAGGCAGCAACGUUUAUUGGAACCGGUCUCUUGACUUUUUCUCUCUGGGAUCCAGUUGUUACCCUAUCUGUGUUUCUUUUCCUAAUUCACAAUAUUCUUUAAAUAGUUUUAAAUUAAACCUUGGCCUAUAUGGUGUGGACAUUCUUUUUUUAAAGAAAUCUUUCUUUCUAAAAGGAUACUAUCCUAUGUAAAAGCCUACCUUGAGGAUUUUUCCAUUUCUGGGUGUGCUGUAUAGCCAGUUUAAAAAUACAACUUGUGGACAAAAACUAUUCAGGCCACAAGUUGCAAAACAGACCAUUUGCACACAUGUUUGUAGCAAAUAAUUUUUUCCAACACCUUCUUAAUUAACUUUGUCACUUGCUCUCUAGCUGUUCCCUUUUCCUGAUUCCCAGCUGUUGUCCAAACUUCACCCCUACCAAAUAAAGAUAUUGCAGCUGGAAUAUGGUUCUAAUUUGAUU